AUGUCUGACGAGCCAACUACCAGCGGCCAAUCCGCGCCUGCCGCGAACGAGGAAGUUGAGAAGAAGAUUGAGGGAACCUCGACUGCUGCCGAAGCCUCUGAGGCACCUGCAUCUGCCGCCGACAACGCGAAACCCUCCGAGUCCGACGCACCUGCCAAGGACAGCACCGAGGCGCAGAAGGAGAACAUCAAGAAGACAGACUCUGAUACCAAAGACGCGGAAUCUUCCGGCAAGACCGACGAGCCAUCCAAGGACGAAGACGCGGAUGUUGAGAUGAAGGACACCACAGAUGCACCUGAAGCGAAGGAGGCUUCCGGAUCUGUCGCUGCUACCGAUGCUGACGCCGCUGAUGCGACAGCCGAUAAGUCUAAGUCGCGUCGCAGAUCGUCUGGCGUCCCAGAGCACAAGGGGAAGAAGCUCAGCAAGAAGGCAUCCAAGGCCAAGUUCUUCCACACCAACGCGCAGCCCGGAGACCACUUCCUGGUCAAGCUCAAGGGAUAUCCUCAAUGGCCUGUCAUUGUCUGCGAUGAGGAGAUGCUCCCUGAGACUUUGCUCAAGAGCCGCCCUGUCACAGCGAGACGCGCCGAUGGCACGUAUCGUGAAGACUAUGCCGACGGUGGCAAGCGACAGAACGACCGCACGUUCCCUGUCAUGUACCUUCGUACGAACGAAUUCGGCUGGGUACCGAAUUCUGCGCUCCAGGAGCUGUCUUCCGACAAGGCUACUGAGCUUCUUACCGACAAGGUGAAGAAGAUCGAGCUGCGUGAUGCCUUUGAGCUUGCUAUCGAACAGCACCCCCUCGACUACUACAAGGACGAACUGCAGAAGUACCAAGACGAGCUUGCUCAGAAGCAGGCUGCCAAGGAUGCUAGAGACGCUGCGAAGAAGAACAAGAAGAAGGCUCCUGCGGUCAUCGAGGAUGAGGAUGUUGACAUGGACGAUGCUGCCGACGAGGAGGUGGCCGAGCCCAAGGAGAAGAUUAAGACUAAGAAGCGCAAGGCUGAUGAAGAAGCUGUCAGCACUCCAGCACGAACCGACUCCGCUAAGAAGCCGAAGAUCAAGCUGAACACAUCCUCCACUCCCAAGACAACGAAUGGAACGGCAACACCAAAGUCUGGCAAGGAGUCCGCCGCUAAGCCGGCGAAGGUCAAAUCGUCAAAGAAGGACGGCGCUGAGAAGAAGGCGGAGAAGGAAGCUCCUAAGGAGCCUGAGCUCACUGCCGAAGAGAAGCAUCAUCGCAAAGAGGCAAGUCAAGAUCCCGUACAUUCUUUGUUCAACACUAACAGCUACCUACAGAAAGAGGUGCUUUUCUUGCGCCACAAGCUCCAGAAGGGUCUCUUGACGAGAGACCAGGAGCCCAAGGAGGAAGAGAUGAAGAUGAUGUCGGACUACAUCACCAAACUUGAGAGCUUCGCAGACCUCGAGGUCUCAAUCAUCCGCGCAACCAAGAUCAACAAGGUCCUGAAGGCCAUUUUGAAGCUUGACUCGAUUCCUAAGGAAGAAGAGUUCAACUUCAAGAGCCGGUCGCAGACGCUAUUGGACAAGUGGACCAAAAUCCUGGCCGCGGGCGAUGCCGCGGCAGCAUCUGUAACCCCCGCACCCACCAACGGUGUCAACGGCACUAAGAGCGAGGAGAAGAAAGAGACGCCCGCUACCUCCGAGGGUGCCAAGGAGGAGAGCAAAGGUGUGGAGAAAUCCGACGAGGCCGGGAAGCCCUCCGACAAGGAGGAGAAGGACAAGAAGUCCGUGGAGCCCGAGAAGGCAGAAGAAGUGCUCGAAAAGGCCGAUGAGCCUGCUGAGAAGCCCGCUGAAGAGGUAAAUGGCAGUGUCUCAUGA